GGAGGCGGAGCGGAAGAGGCCGGAUAACACGUCACCGAGCGCGUUGCGUCACGCCGCAGGGGGCGGGGCGUCGGGGCUGGUUUCCUCGGCGACGCCGCUGCUGGUCCUGAAGCCGUGUGCGGGCUCGCGGGCAUGGGCGCUCCUCCGGGCCUCCAGGCCGACUGCGAGGCGCUGCUCAGCCGCUUCCAGGAGACGGACAGCGUGCGCUUCGAGGACUUCACGGAGCUCUGGAGGAGCAUGAAGUUCGCGACCAUCUUCUGUGGUAGAAUGAGAAAUUUAGAAAAGAACACGUUUACAAAAGAAGCUUUAGCUUUGGCUUGGAGAUAUUUUUUACCUCCAUACACCUUCCAGAUCAGAGUUGGUGCUUUGUAUCUGCUAUAUGGAUUGUAUAACACCCAGCUGUGUCAACCAAAACAAAAGAUUAGAGUUGCCCUGAAAGAUUGGGAUGAAAUUUUAAAAUUUCAGCAAGAUUUGAUAAAUGCACAACAUUUUGAUGCAGCGUAUAUUUUUAGAAAGCUACGUCUAGACAAAGCAUUUCACUUUACAGCAAUGCCCAAAUUGCUGUCAUAUAGAAUGAAGAAAAAAAUUCAACGAGCUGAAGUUACGGAAGAAUUUAAGGACCCAAAUGAUCGUGUAAUGAAACUUAUCACUUCUGAUGUGUUAGAGGAAAUGCUGAAUGUUCAUGAUCAUUAUCAGAACAUGAAACAUAUAAUUUCGGCUGAUAAGUCCAAUCCAGACAAAGCCCUCAGCCUGAUAAAGGAUGAUUUCUUUGACAAUAUUAAGAACAUAGUUUUGGAGCAUCAGCAGUGGCACAAAGACAGAAAGAAUCCAUCCUUAAAAUCAAAAGUUAAAGAUGGAGAAGAAAAGAGGGAAGGCAAUUCACAAGAAUCAGAGAGAUGUGAAAGGGCAGAAUCAUUAGCAAAAAUAAAAUCAAAGGCCUUUUCAGUUGUUGUUCAGGCUUCCAAGUCAAGAAGGCAUCGCCAAGUCAAACUUGACUCUUCUGACUCUGAUUCUGCAUCUGGUCAAGGACAAAUCAAAGCAACUAGGAAAAAAAGAAGCCAAGACACACUGAAAUCAGCAGGAAGGAAGAUGUCUUCCAGGAACAGAGAUGAUAUGCAGAAUGUUCAUAAGGAAGAUAAAUCUUUAAGUCUGAGUAUGCCUGUAAUUACAGAAGAGGAAGAGGAGAAUGAAAGUAGUGAAACAGAGUUCACUGCACUGAAGAGGAAAAGAAAACACAGAACAAAGAGCUUGGUGUCUAGAUCUUAAUUUUGAACUUUCUGAUGGAAGAAAAGAUUUAUUUGUGUAUUGCACAGGAAGACUUCCAGUAUUAAAAAUAAUUCUUCUGGGGCGCCAGCCCAGUGGCACAGCAGUUAAGUGCGCAUGUUCCGCUUCAGCGGCCCAGGGUUCGCCGGUUUGGAUCCCGAGUGUGGACAUGGCACUGCUUG